AUGGCCGAAGCAGUUCUCGUUGACACCGCUGUGAGUAUUGCUGAAAGUUUGGGCUCUCUGGCGCUCCAGGAGAUUGGACUGCUAUGGGGUUUCAAAUAUGAGCUUAAAAUGCUCGGCAACACGGUUUCCACCAUCCAAGCUGUAUUUUUGGAUGCCGAGGAGCAGCAGGCCCAAAACCAUGCGGUCAAAGAUUGGCUUCGAAAGCUCAAGGAUGCCAUGUACGACGCCGAUGACUUGCUGGAUGACUUCUCCACUCAACUUCUACGCCGACAAGUGAUGACACGGGAUAAUAAGAUGGCAAAACAGGUGCGUAACUUCUUUUCCAAAUCGAACCAGCUUGCAUAUGGCUUUAAAAUGGGUCAUAGGAUCAAGAAACUUCGUAAGAGAUUGGAUGAAAUCGCAGCUGAUAGGAUCAAAUUUGGCUUCACUGAGCGUCCUACGGCUACAAGGACACAAUUUGAGCAUAGGAAAAGAGAAGAUACACAUUCUUUUGUACGUGAUGAGCAAGUAAUUGGAAGAGAGGAUGAAAAGAAGGCUGUUAAAAAGUUGUUAUUGGAUUCUGAUGCGAAAGAGGAUGUUUCCAUCAUUCCCAUAGUUGGAAUUGGUGGACUAGGUAAGACUACUCUUGCUCAAUAUGUGUUCAAUGACGAGGAAGUCCAAAACCAUUUUGAGCUCAGACUGUGGGUGUGCGUCCCUGAUCCUUUUGAUAUGAAAAUUAUUGUUCAAAAGAUUGUAGAAUGUGCAAUUGAAAGGAGACCCGAAACCCUUGAGAUGGAUUUGUUACAACGUCUGCUUCGAUCAAAAAUGGAUAGAAAACGAUAUUUACUUGUUUUAGAUGAUGUAUGGAAUGAGAAUCGUGGUACAUGGUUGGACUUGGAAACACUGUUAUUAGGUGGCUUGAGGGGAAGCAAAGUUUUGAUUACUACACGUAGUACAAAAGUUGCAGAGAUCACAGGCACAGUGUCACCGUAUCUUCUCGGAGGUCUAUCUGAAAGCAAUUCUUGGGAUUUAUUUAAGAAAAUGGCAUUUAAAGAUGGGAAAGAGCCAAAGAAUACAAAGUUAGUAGAAAUCGGAAGGGAGAUCCUACAGAAGUGUGCACAAGUUCCUCUUGCUAUAAGGAGCAUAGGGAGUCUAUUAUACUUCAAAAACUCAGAAGUUGAUUGGUUGUAUUUUAAAAAUAGUGAGCUUUACAAAAUAACUCAACAAGAUAAUGGUAUUUUCCCAAUACUUAAGUUGAGUUAUGAUCAUCUCCCGUCACAAUUGAAGCAAUGUUUUGCUUAUUGCUCUUUGUUUCCAAAAGAUUUUGAAAUUGAAGUGGAGGUGUUGAUUCAACUAUGGAUAGCUCAUGGCUUUAUUCAUUCAUCAGAUACAAACAGAUGUCUUGAAGAUGUUGGUCGCGAGUAUUUUAUGAAUUUGCUUUGGAGGUCAUUCUUCCAAGACAUAAAUAUAAAUGAAUAUGGUGAUAUAGAAGCAUGCAAAAUGCAUGACCUUAUUCAUGAUCUUGCAGAGUCAGUAGCAGGGGAUGAGUGCAUAAUUUCAAUUCCAAAUGUAGAAAAAGUAGUUGAAAUAACUCGUCAUAUGACAUGUGAUUCUUUAGAUUCAUUAAGGGAUAUUCCAACUCCCUUGCUCAAGGCACACAAAAUGAGAACGCUUCUUUUGCUAUUUCCAACAAGGCCUAGCCAUAAUCCAGUCUACGAUACAAUUAUUUCAAGUUUUGAAUGCUUGCGUGCUUUGAAUAUGAGUGGAUCAAACAUUCAAGACGUGCCGAAUUUCAUUGGAAAGUUGACUGCUCUCCAGACACUAACACUAUACACUUUGGGGAAGAAGGAAAGUUCUAUUCCAAAGCAAAAGGGUGGGCUAAGAGAUCUCAAUAGUUUAGAUGAGUUGAGAGGAGAAUUACAUAUCAAGUGUUUAGAGCACUUGAGAUCUUCUCCAUUAGAAGCCAAGGCCGCAAACUUGGAGAGGAAGCAAUACCUUCGAAGUCUAGAAUUAAAGUGGAACCCACAAGAUGGUAGUGAUAGUGAUACAACAAUUGCAAAUGAUGAACAACUGUUGCAAAACCUUCGGCCACACCUAAAUUUGAAACAAUUACAUAUACAUGGGUUUGCAGGUGUGAGGUUAUCCAGUUGGGUGUCCUUGCUCUCGAAUUUGGUUGAUAUUACCUUAUGGGAUUGUAAAUGGUGCCAGCAUAUCCCACCAUUGGACUGUUUCCCUUCUCUCAAGAUGCUUCAUCUUAGGAAGUUAAGUGCACUGGAGUACAUAAGCAAUGAUGGCAAUGAUGUGUCCUCUUUGUCCCUUGAAAGUCUCACUCUUAGCGAUUUGCCUAAGUUGAGGGGAUGGGGGAGGAUGAGGGAUGCAGUAACAGCUAAGCAUGACAAACACCAUCAUCUUCCAUUAUUUCCAUCAUUUCCAUGCCUUUCCUCUUUAGAUAUUAGUGAUUGCCCUAUGAUGUGUCUAAUACCAGUCAUAGCACCUGGGAGCGAAACAACACCCUCCUCCUUUUCCCUUUCCACUCUCUCCAAAUUGAAGUCUCUUUAUCUUCAAUGUUUAGAGGAACUUGAAUAUCUUCCAGAGGAGUGGCUGCAAAACCUCACUUCUCUUGAGACUCUGGAGAUUUCGGAAUGUCGUAAACUACGAAUACCCAUGUCUCCACUCUUUCAACAUCUCACUGCACUAGAAGAUCUGCAGAUUUCUACCCCCAAGGAACUUGUUAGCAAUGAGGUUGAAAAGGGCGCACAAUGCCUUGGAUCUACAACACUUCGUCGGCUAUAUAUACAAAAUGUUCCAAACUUGGUGUCUCUCCCAAGGGAGCUUAGACAUGUUACCACUUUGCAAGAGCUUCAAAUUGAGAACUGCCCUACACUUAAGUCUUUACCGGAGUGGAUAGGCAACUUCACUUCACUUCAGAUGCUUAAGAUACUCAAUUGUCCAAAUUUAGUAUCACUGCCUGAAGGGAUUCAUAUCCUCCCCUCUCUACAUUAUUUGAUAAUUGGUAGGUGUCAUCACUUGGAGGAAAGAUGUGAACAAGGAACAGGCGAGGAUUGGCCAAAAAUUGCUCACAUCCCAUACUUUUAUUGUGGGCAACAGUUCUUCUGA